AAAUAGUAGGUUAAUCUGACGGUGGAAAAUUUAGGUGGUUGUGCGCGUGAAAAACGGGGAAGUAGGAACGAGGAUUGAAAUGCUGGACCCUCCCAGAAAACCUCACUGGAAGUGACUUAACUUGCAACUCCCGAGGUCUCUGUCUCUGUCUCUGCGCCUCCCUCUUUUCUCUCUCAACAGCGAGAGAAAAAAGAAAUAAAUAAAAAAACAGCUUGUAAACACAGUGCGCACAGGACUCCACUGUCUAAGGAGAUCACACGCGCACGAGAGACGCCAUAGCAGAUUAACAGAGAAAACAGUCGUUAGUCAUAGCUCUCUGUUUCUCUCUCUCUGACUUGUAUGGUUUCCGUCUUCCUAUUUGCUUCCGCUCCGAAGCUAAUUCAAAGAAACAACACCGCGAAAGCUAAUCAGCUUGUUUCUAAACCGCAUAUUUUCGAAUAAACCACGUGCGCGGCGGGUUGUUUGUUUUUAAUUUUUGUUAGAUACUCAGGUGAGUGAAUGCAAUUUGGAUUGGGAUUGGAGUCGGGUAUGGAUCCGGGGGGGAUGAUGAAUGAGGGGCCGUAUAAUCUGGCGGAGAUCUGGCAGUACUCGAUGAACGGAGGUGGUGAUUUAGGGAUCAAGAGAGGUCCGUUUGGAUCCACUUUGGCUCACUUUGUAGAUGCCAAUCGGGACACAUCGACUAAUGAUCCGGUCUGUUUGGACCAGAGACCGGCUCUAGCUGCUGCUGGUGCGAGGAAGAGGCGUGACAUUGAAGAUGAGUCGGCUAAAGUUGUCUCCACUAGUGGCGGCAAUGGCGUGCAGAAUGAUAGUGAUGGGAAGCGGCUUAAGUCAUCAGGAUGUAGAGAUGAGAGCCGUGAUGCAAAAACUGAAGUAGAACCCUGUUCAGGGAAGCCCGUCGAACAAAAUUCUCAACCGCCUGAGCCACAAAAAGAUUAUAUCCAUGUGCGAGCAAGAAGGGGUCAAGCUACAGAUAGCCAUAGUCUCGCAGAAAGAGCGAGGAGAGAAAAGAUUAGUGAAAGAAUGAAAAUUUUGCAGGAUCUGGUACCUGGUUGUAACAAGGUUAUCGGGAAAGCACUGGUCCUUGAUGAGAUAAUUAAUUACAUCCAGUCACUGCAACGUCAAGUUGAGUUCCUGUCAAUGAAGCUUGAAGCAGUCAAUUCGAGAAUGAACCAUGGCAUUGAGUUUGGUCAACAAGCAUUUGAAACUGGUGGCUUGGCAUUCGGUUCUCAAGCUACGAGGGAAUAUAGUCGUGGGACCUCACCGGAGUGGUUGCAUAUGCAUGUUGGUGGCGGUUUUGAAGAACAACAUAAUUAGAAGAAGAAGAAGAAAGAAAGUAAGAAAAAUAUCUCAUCUACCAUUAAUAAGAGCAUCACGUGGCAAAGCUUCCUUCCUCCUUCAGUGGAUGUCAAAAAGAUACCCCACUAUGUUAAAUCAAAGAGACAUUAUAUUCCCAUUUUCAACAUCAGGCAUGGAGCUGUUACUGCUGUCUAAAAGUUGGUAUAUGAACAUCUCCAUUCUGUUUGUGCUGGAAAAUAAAUUCUUUUUCACCAUAUAUUUCAUACUAGCCUUUUAACUUCUCUUGUUCACUAUACUCGAUGAUAAGUGCCCCCUGGAUUGAUUGUUAUUCUUGUAAAAGAUUGCCUGCUUGUUCAAACUUUCCAAUGCUUAAAUUAUGUCCAAACUUUGUUUUAACACUGGGUUUGAAGUGGAAGCUGUGAUCAAUAAAUAAAGCCAGUUUAGUGCUCUA